AUGAAUGGUGGCGGAGGAGGGGGCGGUGGGGGCGGUGGGGGCGGUGGAGGGGGCGGAGGUGGCGGAGGGGGCGGUGGGGGUGGUGGGGGCGGUGGAGGCGGUGGAGGGGGCGGAGGUGGCGGCAUCAUGUAUACUGGAGGGGAAGGUGGCGGCGGAGGUGGCGGCGGAGGUGGCGGCGGAGGUGGCGGAGGAGGUGGCGGCGGAGGUGGCGGCGGAGGUGGCGGAGGAGGUGGCGGCGGAGGUGGCGGAGGAGGUGGCGGAGGAGGUGGCGGAGGAGGUGGCGGAGGAGGCGGCAGUAUGUAUACUGGAGGGGGCGGUGCUAAGUACUGCGGAGGUGUAUAG